AUGACCGUCGUUCGAAAUGAAAAGAAAUUUGAUCGUAUUUUAACAAUUGCUGCUGGAUUUCUCUGUCUAUUUGCGUUUGUUUGCAUUUGUAUUGCAUUAUGUACACCUUCAUGGACAAUUAAUGAAUAUUCAUCAGAUGGUGAAGUUCAAUGGCAUGGUCUCUUUUACAAAUGUAAUCGUUUUCAAUGUAUAUUAAAUUAUAAUGAUUAUAUUUGGGCUAUAUUUGUAACAAUAAUUAGUGCAAUAUUUUUAUUGCUUGCAACUAUAAGCAUAUUUCUAAAAGAUUUACAUGAUGUUUUUCAACGAUAUUUUUAUAUAACGUCAUUGAUCACAUUUAUCAGUGCAUUAUUACUUUUUAUAGGUAUUGUUCUUUAUACACACCAAUCAAUAAUAAAUGGUAUUAGUGCACGUAUAAUGAUUGUAUCAAUUGUUUUGGCUUGUCUAAGUUCAUCCAUUGUGUCAUAUAUUGCUGGAAGACAUUCGAUUUUUUAUCUGAACAAUCGAACAAAUUUUCAUUUUACAAAAACAGAAAAUACUGAAGCAAUAAAAACAAUUGAAGCACAACAAAUGAUGCCAACACAGAAAAAUUAA